AUGGAAGAAUACAACAAGCAAGCGUCGGAGUUCAUCUUCCGUGAGAACAACGCCAACGGGCGCGUUGCGGCAGAUACCAUCGAUCUGCACGGACAAUUUGUCGAAGAGGCAGAGGAGAUCCUAGAGGAGAGGAUCAAGUAUGCGAAAGCGCACGGUCAGGACCAUCUCCAUGUGAUCGUCGGCAAAGGAAACCACUCGGCCAACCAUAUCCAGAAGAUCAAGCCCCGAGUAGAGCAAGUCUGUCAGGAACUUGGUCUUCAGUAUGCGACUGAGGAAAACGCUGGGCGCAUUUAUGUGAAUCUGACUGGUGGUCCGGCGGAUAUGGACACUGCCCCUACGCCCAAUCAUCCUCACUAUCAGCAAUACCCUCAGCAGCAGCAGCAGUAUUCGUCGGGCACCUAUGCUCACCCGCAUCAACAGCAACAGCAGCAGCAAUAUCCCGGUUCGCAACAGCAGCAGUAUUCUGGUUCUCAGCAGCAACAGCAGCAACAACAGGGUGCGGGUAACCAGGAUGAGAUCGAGCAGGUGGUCAAUGCGGUUCUGCCUAAGAUCCUUAAUAAGCUGGAGAAGGCUUGCUGUGUGGUCAUGUGA